AUGGAUGCUGGAUUUGUUGUGCUGCGCUUCAGCGAGGACGUGAACGCGAGCAGCAUCGCUGUGGGUGCGUUUUCCCUUGUUGCCGCGCGUGGCGCGAACGUGACUGCGGAGGGUGUGACUUUUGAUGCCGCCCUUGAUGCUGCGAGCAGCACAGGCAACGCCACCCAGGUGCGUAUUGACCUGAGCGUGUCGACGCUCAACCGCGUCAAGGCUGACGCUGGCCUUGCUGUGAGCCGCAGCACGUCGUUCCUGGCUGUUGCGGCAGGUGGCAUUGCUGACUUUGCUGGCAACAGCAUGCGGCAGGUUGCCUCUGCUUCUGCCGUGGCUGCGGUCAGCUAUGUCGCCGACGCAACUGGCCCUGUGCUGCAGAGCUUUGCCCUCAACAUGACCUCUGGUGUGCUGCGCCUCACCUUUGACGAGGUUGUGGCCAGGGCAACGUUUGAUGCGACGCAGGCCCGCCUGGUCAACGCCGCCACGGGCGCGACUGUGGCUGUUGCGCUGGAUGCGGUGGCUGUGGACGCCCCAGCCGCCAACAGCACGACCCUUGGCUUCACCCUGACCCAGGCUGCCGCAAACGAGGUGCGUGCCAGGACUGGCCUCGGAACGACGGUGGACAACACGUACCUGCAGUUGCUGGCAGGUGCCAUCCGCGAUGCGGCCGGCAACGCAAACUUGCCCGUCACAGCCAACGCAACACAGGUUGUGCAGGAUGCCCUGCCCGCGCGCCUGCUCGCGCUCCCGCGCAUCGCCGCAUUCACCCUCGACGUUGAUGUCGGCACGCUGCUUGUCACCUUCAACGAGCCCGUGCGUGGCGAGUCUUUCGACCCAACGGGCCUGACGGUGCAGGCCGCGCGCACGUCUGCGAUUGAGUCUGUGACGCUCACGGGCGGUGCUGUGUCGCUUGUGCGGGCAGAGGCUGGCGAUGUGGGCUCGCGCGUUGUGCGUGUUGACCUGCUGCAGGACGACACAGUGUCGCUCAAGCUGAACCUCAACCUGGCCACGGCACAGGCAGACACGUACCUGAGCGCUACAAACGCAACGGUGCAGGACAUGUCUGGGAACUGGAACGCGCCCGUGCCAACCAACGACGCGCGCCCCAGCUCCGUGUACCAGAGGGACGAGACGCCCGCGGCGCUUGUGUCCUACGAGCUGGACAUGCUUGCUGGCACGCUCUCUCUGACGUUCAGCGACGUCGUUGACGUGAGCACCCUGCGUGUGCAGAGCAUUGCGCUUGUCAAUGCCGGCACAAGCUAUGCCCUGCAGUCGAGCACAACAAACAGCACAGACGGGCUGUACGUUGUGAUUGACCUGUCUGUGGAGGACCUGCUGGGGGUGCUGCGUGUACCUGGCCUUGCCCGUACGCGCGACACGACGUUCCUGACCAUGGACGCCACUGCCCUCGACGACUUUGCUGGCCUGGAUGUUGCGGUUGUCACGUCUGACAGCCCACAGCAGGCAUUGGCGUUUGUCGCCGACACAGCUGCCCCGACGCUUGUGUCCUUUGACUUCAACCUCACUGCUGGCGAUCUCGCUCUGACCUUCUCUGAGCCUGUCAACGCCAGCACGGUCGACUUCGCCCGCAUCCAGCUGCGCGCCGCUGCAAACGCAACCGACGCUGCCCUCACGCUGUCGCUGACUGGCGGUGCGCUGACGCAGAGCGCCGACGACCGCGUGCUGUACGUGCGCAUGACUGCAGCCGACUUCCUCGCCCUGCAGGCCAAGCGCGCACUGGCCACAAACGCCUCAACGACGUUUGUGUUUGUGGACGGGCUGCUGGACGACUACUUUGGCAACACGCUGGCGGCCGCGGAUGCGACUGCCCAGCAGGUGGCCGUGUUUGGCGAGGACACGCGCGCGCCGACGCUCGUGUCUGUCUCGCUUGAUCUUGAUGCGCGCACGAUGAGCAUGGUGUUCAGCGAG